UGAGGAAGCUGAAGGGUAUAUUGUUCAGUGAGCUUCAGAGAAGCUGCAGCAGGAUGGAUCUGAUGCUCCUCUGGCUGAUUGUGGCCUACUGCUGUAUUCCAUCACUUCUGGCCAUAAAAGAUGAACCUAUACUCUCCCAGAGUCCACCAGCCAUCGUCCUGAACCAGCUCAACUCCACAGCUGAGCUGCACUGCUCCACCACACACGAAAAUGUCGUCGCCCUGUAUCUGAAACAGCGCUACUCCAGCAAGCGAGAAGUGUUGUAUCUGUAUUUCAAACACUCAACUACAACAAUCCACCCUGACUACAAACAGCGCGUAUCAGUGAAAGGAAAGUGCUGUGAGUUUGCCAUCGUACUGACUGAGCUGCAGAUCGGAGACUCUGAUGGAUACUACUGUGAAUGGGUGCUAACAGAGCCCAGAAUCAACCAAGUGCAAUCCACUGAGACACUCAUCAUAAUAAGAGAUGGAGACCCAGAAGAAGAAUGCAACAAACAACGCACGAUUCAUCACGUUCUCUUCAUGAUCAGCGUGGCCAUAACUGUCACAAUGUUCAUUAUAUGCGCUGGUCUGCUGAUAUGGAGAAUCCAGCAGGUAAAACAGUCAAAUAAGCGCUAUACGCCUUAUAAAGUGCAUCAAAGGAGUCACCUACCCCACUGUCCCAACAGCAGAAGAUAACAGCAGAAGAUAACAGCAGAACAUAACAGCAGAACAUAACAGCAGAACAUAACAGCAGCUUGAAUGUCAUAUUCUUUUGAAAUGAUCAAAUUUUACCAGUGUUAUGCAAUAUGCAGUGUUAUUCCAAAAGUUUUAAACGGGGGCAAUUUGAGGCUCAUAAUGAGGUAAAAGAAAAGAAAUCUAACAAAUAAAGAUAUGAUUUUAAACAGGCGAUAUCAAGAGCUGAUUAUAUUUGUGACUUGGUACAAAAGCAGUCUUUGGAGAGUCAAGAUGGUCAGAGAAUUAUCUGUUUGUAAAUGAAUAAUUCCUCUCCAGCCCAUUAAACUGAUAUUAUUAAACUGUUCAAGGAAUUGGGAGGUAUUUCAGUUUGUAAAGGGCAAGGGCACAAGUAUUUUGAUAUUUUAUAGAAACAUUUGCUGCCUAUAAAACCUCAUCUUUUCCAGGGCCAUCUGUGCAUUUUUCAGCAAGACAAUGUAAAUCCAGAUGCUGCACACAUAAUAAAAAUGACUAUGAAUAAAAAGGGUAUGUGUACUGGACUGAUCUGAUCUGUUUACAGUAGGACAUGUGUAAAGAACUGACAACAUCACAAAAUGAAAAAAAUUCUACUAUGUCAUUUUGUUUUGGAAUGUGACGCAGGAAUGGAUCUUUGUCAAUAAAUGAAAUGAAUAUAAUCAGAUGAAA